AGGCCGAAAAAUCGUGAGCCAAAAAUUUUCGGAAUUUUACCAGUAAUUUUUAAAUAUUUAAUUUAUUUAUGAUUGUAAGCAUAAUCAACGAAUAUUUACGUGUAUUUAUAAUAAAAUAAUAAUAUCGUCAAUUGUAGAACUAAUUAGAAAUUAUAUAAAAUGUGACAUUUUUUAAAAAUUAGUAGAGAUUUAUUUUCGAAGGAUUUUUUGCGCUUUGCGCUUAUAAAAAUAACGUUCUAUAUUGAAAACGUGUAUUUCGUAUAGUAUACUUUUUCUUAAUUAUUGUUUUAAUAUAAAAAUUUAUUGAAAAAUUCACAAAAAAAAAAAAAAAAAAAAAAAAAAAUGACGGAAACAAAUGGUUGUGCUAAUUCAAAUACUAAAAAUGGUAAUUUUAUUUGCGGUGUCGUAGAAGGAUUUUAUGGUCGUCCAUGGACCACAGAACAGAGGAAGGACCUUUUUCGAAAAUUAAAAAAAUGGGGAAUGGAUUCGUAUCUUUAUGCUCCAAAAGACGAUUACAAGCAUCGUGCUUACUGGCGAGAUUUGUACACUGUCGAGGAAGCUGAGCAUUUAACUGGUUUAAUCACUGCCGCCCGAGAAUCGGGAAUUACAUUUUAUUAUGCCCUAUCACCUGGUUUAGAUAUAACUUACUCUAGUGCAAAAGAAGUGACAGCUUUGAAGAGAAAAUUAGAACAAGUUAGUCAAUUUGGAUGUACUGCUUUUGCUCUGUUAUUCGAUGAUAUCGAGCCGGAGAUGAGUGAAGCGGAUAAGGAAGUAUUUCAAUCAUUUGCACACGCACAAGUAUCUGUGACAAAUGAUAUUUUUCAACAUCUUGGACAACCACGUUUUCUUUUAUGUCCAACGCAAUAUUGUGCGACACGUGCAGUUCCAAAUGUAUCCACAUCUGAAUAUCUUAAUACCCUUGGUAGUAAAUUAGCACAAGAAAUUGAUAUAAUGUGGACUGGUCCAAAAGUUAUAUCACGAUUAUUGUCCGUUGAAUCAAUAGAAGAAAUAACAGAAGUCCUUAGACGACCACCUGUUAUUUGGGAUAAUUUACACGCAAAUGAUUACGAUCAAAAACGUGUAUUUCUUGGACCAUAUUCUGGAAGAUCACCCGAUCUCAUUCCAAAAUUACGUGGUGUUCUCACAAAUCCCAAUUGCGAGUAUGGUGCAAAUUUUAUUGCAAUUCACACAUUAGCACAAUGGAGUAGAUGUAAUGUCGAUGGAAAGCGAGAUUUAAGUUUAAAUGACACUGUUUCGGCGGACAUAAAAUUAGAAACAGAAACAGAAGAUGGUGUGGUGGGUGAAGAUGUGCCUUCGACAUUAUCGGCAAAUAUGUAUCAUCCGCGGCAUGCGUUAAAAAAUGCAAUUAACGAAUGGUUGCCAGAAUUUGAUAAAAAACGAGCUGCAUGGGGUAUUAUAGCGAAACCACAACCAUGCGUCGCGCCAACAAUACCAAUACCAAUUAUUCCCUCAGUGAAUACGUGUAUGAGUUUAACAUCGACGACGAAUACAACGGUGGCAGCUGCUCCAGUGGUGAUAAGUAAUUCGAAUCAUCUUCAAGCAUUAGCUGAAGUUUGUACCAAUGUAUCGGUGAAUGAUAGUUUUAUACCACCAGUGGGUCCUGUUAUGAAUUCUUUAAUAUCGGAGACAAAAGUCGUCAGUGAACUUUCCUUACCUCCAUCAGGUACAAUUGCCGCAGCAUCAAUAACAACAACAAUUUUACCUUCCACUGAGCCAAUGGAUUGUAAUACAACUCCUGGUAACUCACCGGCACAUGUUGCUAAAACUCCCAUUGAAGAUGAUGUCAUGGUGGAAAAUUCUUCAACAUGCAGCGGAGCUUCAGGAAGUAUGCAAGUAGAGGUAGACAACACUUCACCAAGUAUUAAUGGCAAUCAAAUGGUAGUUGAAAAUGAUAAUGAAAAUCAUGAAAAUAUUGUGAGCAAUGAUAACGCGAGUCCAAGUCAAGAAAGUUUGAAUAUUAAAGAGGCUAAUAAAUUAACACAUGAAGAUUUGUCCCUGCUGUGCGAUCUUUUUUAUUUGCCAUUUGAACAUGGUGGUCAGGGAAUUCAAUUACUUCAGGAAUUUAAUUGGUUAAAAAGCAACGCACAAAUUGUUAUUAAAAAAUUGAAAGAUGAAGAACCCAGUUCGAAUGCCGAUAUUGAUGAGUGGCACUCUCGAACAGCUAAACUAAAUGAAAUGUGUAAUUCAGUUAAUAGACUUUUUCAACGAUUAACGUACUGUAACAAUCGUGAAUUAUUGUACGAUUUAUAUUCGUACGUAUGGGAUAUGAGGGGAGUUGUUUCGUUAUUGAACAGUUACAUCAAGUGGCUCGCAUUUGGCAGAUUUCCAUCAUCGAUGACAACGUUUACACAAGGAAGCUAUACAUGGUUUUCAAAUGGGUGGAAGGAAACUUUCAUGAGUGGAGAUCAGGAGCCUUGGGUGUUUCGCGGUGGUCUCACAGCUGAUCUACAGAGAUUAAUACCAGUGGACAACGGAAAUGAUUUAUUUGUCUACAAAGCUCCGGAAGUGCCUACAAGUGAAAUUUACACAAUUAGACCAUAUUUAUCGAGUGACGAAGAUGCGGUUUACGCUGUUUGCAAUCGAAUCACUGGCUGUACAAUGUCAUCUGCUGUUGCCGAUAGACUUGUCGGAGAAUUUUUAACAUUGAGUCCUGAGCUUUGUAUGGUCGUAGAAAACGAAGACGGUAUUGUUGGAUAUGCAUUGUCGGUAUUAAAUAUUAUAAAUCAUAAUAAAAAAUUGUCAAUUUCGUGGAUUCCGGAAAUGUGUGCGAAAUAUCCAUUAAAUGAGAGUGUCAACGAGUUGCCGCAAAAUAUUCAGGAGGCGAUUCAGUAUUUCCACUCAUUUGUUCCUGAUGUGCCAGAACAAUUGGAGAGACAACAUCCAUCACGUAUUAUAUGUUCAGUAUUAUCUACUGUUACUGAUCAAUCAGUUGCAAAAAGACUAAUUACAUGUAUUCUCGCCGCAUUGAGAGCUAAUGGAUCUUUUGGUGUUCAUACAACAAUAUCAAAUAGUGAUAAGGAAAUGCAUGAAUUCUACGCCAAACUUGGAUUUGUGGAUUAUUCGCCAAUGAAGAGUGAUAAUUCUCCAAUUAUCAUGUAUAGAAGUUUCUAACGAAAGGUAAUAACUGAAUCAAUAUUUUCUAAUAAUCUACUUCAAUCAACUUCGAUAAUACAGAAGUAGAGAUGAUUUCUAGAAUUUCAAAAAACUUUUUUUUCCUGACAAAAAGAAAGAGGAGACUGACUUUAAAAAAAAACCCACUCUUAUUCUUUUUGCAAGUGAAACAAAAUGGUUGUAGAAAUAAGAUUUUUAGACAAAUUUUCCACAACGAUGUGUAUAUGUUAUUAAAAAUAAUACACAAAACAUUUUUGCCUAUUAGAAAAGGUAAAAUACUUUUUGAAAAAAAAAAUAUAUAUAUAUAUAUAUACACGUCAAUCUUUUUCUAUAUCACAAAAUUGUGAAAAUGGCUCUUUGAUAUCGAUUCACGCAUUACUGUGCAUUUUAUCGUAGAUAAACAAAGAAACAAGAAAAAAAAUAAGAAAAAAAGAUCGAGAUUGUAAAUACAAUUGGACAAAUUCAGUACGAUGGAUUUGCAAUUUAGUAUACUUAAAAUUAAAGAAUAAAAAUAAAUGCAGUAGUGCGAGAAAAUCGAUAGAAAUAAAGUACAGAUUAUAUAGUACUUUAAUAAGCGCUAUUAAUAAAUUUCUACAAAUGAGUUUAAUUUCUCACUUUUUAAAUAUAUCUAAAUAAAACAACUCAGCCUUUGAAUUCAUAUUUAUCUUUUUUAGAUGGAAAUUUUAAGUGUAGUUAAAAAAAACAUUUCGUGAUUAUGUGCGACAUAUAAUGUCACAUUUCUUAUUAGGAUAUACACAAAUUUAGAGCAAUAUUAAUUAAUUAAAGAAAACAUUUUUAAUGUUAUAAAUGCAAAAGUUAGAGAGAAAAAUUUUAAUCGUUUCAAUUAAUUCUCGUUGUACACAUCAUUACUAAUUAAUGCCUUUUUCUCAACUAUAUGAAUUAAUCGAUCGCAAUUUAAAAAUAGAUUUUUCAGUGUUUUAUAAUUUUUUUUUUUUUUUUUUUUUUUUUAAUUAUUUAUAUAGAAAAACGCACAUUAUCUAUAUUAAAAUUAUAGAAUAAAUAUACUUAAAAAUUUGUUGAAAUGACAAUUUAAAUUUUUAAGUUGAUUUAUUAGUCAAAAAUAUUGAGACUUAUUUUUUUUAUAUAGGGUAUAUAGAAUCGUUUCUCCAAUUAAUAAUGUAGAGAUUAAAUAUUUGUCUUUUGCUUAGGUAUACAUAAUUAUUAAAAAUGUUGAUUUUAUAAAAUAUUAGAAGAAAAUAUUUUCUAAAAAUUUAGUAUCGUGAAAAAUUAAUUAUUUUGUUUUUUUAAUUAUAUGAAUAACGGAAAUGUAGGAAGUUUUUAAUUGUUCUUUUUUUGUAGUAAAGUUAAUUUUGAUAUUAUGCAUUUAAUUUUUAUAGAUUUAAUAGUGUAAACGGUUAUGCAACCUUAACAAAAUUUAUAUUAUUAAUUUUGUUUUUUUUUUUUUUAAUUUUUUGAAGUUUUUGCUGUGUAAUUAUUCAUUUCAUAUAGAUUUCUAUGUUUUCCAGAAAAUAAGUAGUAUAUUAUCAAUAAUGUUUUAAGUGUACAAAAAAAAAAUGCAUGAAAAAUUUUCUCUGUAUGAAAAACAAAUAAUGUAAAGUAAAUCAUUUUAUUGGGUAGCUUGCUGAAAAUUGAAAAAGGAAAGUUAAAAAAAAAAAAAAAGAUUAUAUUUAUCUCCAUUGUAAUGAACGUAGCUUUCUUACUACCCGAGUACAUUGCAACUGUGAAAUAAAAUAUUUAAAAACAAAAAUUUCUUCGAUGUAAAAGAAAAAAAGAAAUGUUUUUUAUAAAUGUAGAACUUUCUCACAAAUAAUCUACGUUUACUUUGUAUUAAUAUUUAUAAAUUUCAUAAAAUUCUUUCCAUGUAACAUUCUAUAAUGAUCAACAGAUUAAUUUACAAUGUUAUUAAUAUUGUCGGAAUAGUUAAUUUUAACUUUUUUUUUUAAAGCCAUAAAUGAAUUUUAUUUAAAAAAAAAUUAUGUGAUUUUGAAAAAAUAUACUUUCACUUUUUUAUGUAA